UUUCCUGAAAUAGUGAUGCGAAGUCGCUACUUUUUCAUGCAACUUGUAGAUGUCAAUGGAAACAAUGUUACUGAAGUCGGUGAAAAGACUGAUAUAAAGGUAGCCGUAAGAAGUAUAAACUCAAAUAGUCAUACGUGUAGAGUAUGGAUACAAACUUUAGACUGUAAAGAUGGGAGUUAUAUCGUUCGUUACAGAUUAUAUGAAACCUGCUAUGAUUUUCAUAUCGAUGUUAGGGUAAACAAUAGCACAAUUCCCAGUGGAUCGAUAUAUAAAAAAGGUCCCGUUUAUGAAGAAGAAUGUGUCUGUCCAGGUCUUUCACUACAGGAUUGGUUACAAAAAUACCAAUGUCCAGCAAGCUAUACUCAAAUAUUAAGUGAUUUGAAAGAUUUUCCUCAGAUAAACUUUGAUGACAUAAGAACGCAAUUGAUAAAAGACUAUGCAAAACCUAACAGUGUCAGUCUCUGUCACUAUGUAAUACAAAAUAAUCAAAUUUUUAGAAGAUGUUAUGGAGAACAUACAGGCUUUAAAGUAUUUGCAGAUUCGGUUUUGUUGUCGUUAGCCAGGAAAGUAGUUUUACCCAAUACAGAAUUCUUCGUGAAUUUAGGAGAUUGGCCACUUGUACAGGAACGUGGGCCGUUGUAUCCAAUAUUUUCAUGGUGUGGUUCCAAUGAUACCAGAGAUAUUAUUCUUCCAACGUACGAUAUCACUGAAUCAUCCCUAGAAAAUAUGGGAAGGGUCAUGCUCGAUAUGUUAUCUGUUCAAGGUAAUAUUAAAACCCCCUGGAAGCAGAAAAUUGGGAAAAUGUUCUGGCGAGGACGUGAUUCCCGUCGCGAACGAUUAAAACUUAUUGAAAUUUCAAAAAAAUAUCCAGAUCUUUUCAAUGUUUCAAUCACCAAUUUUUUCUUCUUCCGAGAAGAAAUAGAAAAAUAUGGGCCAGGCCAACGCCCUAUAUCAUUUUUCGAUUUUUUUGACUACAAGUAUCAACUGAAUAUUGAUGGAACGGUCGCAGCCUAUCGUCUGCCUUAUCUCCUUGCUGGUGAUUCUGCAGUAUUCAAACAAGACUCCAAAUAUUACGAAUAUUUUUAUCAUCAUCUAAUUCCUUACGAGCAUUUUAUACCGGUAAAGGCUGAUUUGUCUGAUCUCGUAGAAAAAAUCGAGUGGGCUAAGAAUGAUGACAGUAAAACCCGACAGAUUGCUAAGGCUGGGCGUGCCUUGAUGCGCCAGGUUGCAUUACCUCACGAUGUACUCUGUUACCAUGUAUCACUUUUACAGAUGUGGAGUGAAAGAGUGAAAAAUCAAAUUACAGUGCUGGAAGGAAUGGAAGAAGUCAAACAACCAGAAAAUUCAUGCCCAUGUCAUGUUAACCACAUGGAAUCCCACAUUGAAUCGGACGAGGGAGUGAGCAGGAAAGAUGAGUUUUAG